GGUAUCGGCAUUUGACUGCCAGAAAAAAGAACAGAACAGCAAGAAGAAGAAGCAGGAGAAGAAGAAAAACAAACAGACAAACACCAGUUAGCAAGUGGUCGAUCCCGACGCGAACUUGUUUGAGACGACUGAUCGGAGGCGGACCUUCCGAUUCAGCAGCUCAUUUGUCCCGGUUGUUGUCCGUAGUAGACUUAAACGACCAGUAACCGACUUACCCGUGCUCGCGCUCUUUGUUUACAGCCGAUCUCGUGGCGUUAUAAAAGUGCAUAGAACUAAAGAUAAAAACAAACAGAAAUAAACACAAAGCUAGCAAAGAAAACAACUCAGCAUAGAACCUGUUUCGAUCUGGUGUAGAUUGCAACUGAAGGCAAAAUGAGUAAAAGUAAAAUGCCGGAGACUACGCUUGCUGAUCUGAGCUUGGCUGAUAAGACGGCAGUAAAGAAACCUAGCAUCGAAGCUCGGCGCUUCUCAGAUGUUUCUACCUGCUCCUUUAGUUCGGCGUGCUUUACUGGCAGCUCUGAUGAAGAAGAGACUUCGCCGAAAGAUCGUAAACAACGAAACUCGAAUGGCAGCUCCGAUUUUUGCGUGAAGAAUAUCGGGAAGCACUCGUUCGGACGCAGGGAAAUCGAGAUUGCCGAACAGGAAAUGCCCGGUAUUAUGACAUUGCGGAAGCGUGCUGCUGAGGAUAAGCCAUUGAAAAAUGCACAGAUUGUGGGUUGCACGCACAUUAAUUCGCAGACGGCGGUGCUAAUUGAAACUCUUAUUGAGCUUGGGGCCUCUGUCCGUUGGGCUGCCUGUAAUAUAUAUUCGACGCAGAACGCUGUCGCUGCGGCGCUGGCUGAAGCUGACGUACCAAUCUAUGGCUGGCGCGGCGAAACUGAGGAGGACUUCUGGUGGUGCUUAGACAGAUGCAUUCGGCAUGAUGGAUGGCAGCCAAACCUGAUACUAGACGAUGGGGGUGAUGCCACGCACCUAAUGCUGAAGAAAUAUCCGGAAUAUUUCAAGGCAAUAAAAGGCAUUGUAGAAGAGAGCGUAACGGGUGUGCACAGGCUGUAUCAAAUGUCCAAAGCGGGAAAGCUGACAGUUCCGGCUAUUAAUGUGAAUGAUUCGGUGACGAAAAACAAGUUCGAUACUUACUACACAUCCCGCGACUCAAUUCUGGAUAGCCUGAAGCGAACUACCGAUAUUAUGUUUGGCGGCAAGCAAGUGGUUGUGUGCGGCUACGGCGACGUAGGCAAGGGCUGUGCCAAGUCGCUCAAGGGACAAGGCUGUAUCGUAUACGUGACCGAAAUAGAUCCAAUUUGCGCCAUUCAAGCGGCAAUGGAUGGCUUUCGCGUCGUGCGACUCAACGAAGUCGUAAAAAAUGUCGACGUCGUGAUCACUGCCACCGGGAGCAAGAGUGUCGUAACGCGGGACCAUAUGAAUAGAAUGAAAAACGGCUGCAUUGUCUGUAAUAUGGGCCACUCUUCCUCCGAGAUCGAUGUGCACAGCUUGCACUCGGCCGAACUCACGUGGGAGCGGGUGCGCUCGCAAGUAGAUCACGUCAUUUGGCCCGAUGGCAAAAUGAUAAUACUUCUGGCCGAGGGCCGUUUAGUAAACCUGUCGUGCUCAACAAUCUCAUCGUUUGUCGUUUCUGUUACCUCAACGACGCAGGCGCUUGCAUUAAUUGAACUUUACAACUCAGCUCCUCAACGCUACAAGUCCGACGUCUAUUUGCUUCCAAAGAAAAUGGAUGAAUAUGUGGCUAGCUUACAUUUGUCUACCUUUGACGCCCAUUUGACAGAGUUGACGGAGGAGCAAGCGAAAUUCUCCGGGCUAAGUAAGGCUGGGCCUUUCAAAGCUAAUUAUUACAGAUAUUAAAUCAGUAUUACGAAUAUCGCCUCUAUUUUGUUAUUGUGUUUGUUUUUUUAUCAUUUAUUUAAAAUCUGAAACCUUUAUUUCCAUGUGCAUAUAAUUAUUAAUAAAAUACACAUUUGUUCCUUGUUA